CAACCAUCAUCCUCCCUCACUCUACAACUUGCUUCUUUCACCAAAAUGACGAUUUUUAUCUUCGACGCGUAAUGAUACGAAGAAAGAAAAAAAUAGACGACAUGAGUGUAUGAGAUGAACAGUCUCUCUCUCAGCCACUCACUUACAUUAGAAGACUGCCAAGUCCCAAUUCAUCUCGGCACCGUCGUCAGCCACCAGCCUCCAGGAGAGCAAUGCUGACGUGUUGAGGCGCUCUCGCUGUCUUGCGUUUCUCCGUCGAAGUCUUUGAUUAAGGUCUAUCGAAAAAGAGAAGAAGAAGAAGAAAAAGAAGAAGAAGAAAAAAGCCGAGGUUUUGUUAUUAUUUAUUCUAUUAAUAACCAUGAUCGCCUCCCGCCGGUUCUCAAGGCGCUCAAUCCUCUAUGUCGCCGCCCUCGUCAUCAUCAUCUUCUGGUGGAAAGGCGUCCCCCGCUUCCAUUCUCGCCAUCUGACCAUCAAAGGCAUCCUUUACCGCAGCUCCACCUAUGACUGGGCCAACCUGAGGUUGCAGUACCCCGUCACCGACCUGCGUCCCAUGCCCGAGGGGUCUCCGAUGGAGUUCCCAAAGGUGCAGCACGACUUUACGGCAGCAGAUCAAGAUGAUGAUGAUGAUGGUGAUGAUAAUACCCAGCAACAGCACUCCGAGGACGGCAAUGUCAACGAAUCCCGUAGAAACGCCGUCCUCCAUGCCUUCCGGAGGAGCUGGGAUAGCUACAAGGAACACGCCUGGACCUGGGAUGAGCUCAGGCCCGUUUCCGGCCGUGGGAAGAACACGUUCGGCGGCUUUGCUGCCACCCUGGUCGACAGCCUAGACACCCUCUGGAUCAUGGGCAUGCACGACGACUUCCAGCAGGCCGUCCGCGCCGUGGCCACCAUCGACUGGGACAACACCACGCUGACGUCCAUCAACAUGUUCGAGACCACCAUCCGCCACCUGGGCGGCCUGCUCGCCGCCUACGACCUGAGCGGGGAGCCCGUCCUGCUCGCCAAGGCCGUCGAGCUCGGCGACAUGCUCUACCUGGGCUUCGACACCGCAAGCCGCAUGCCGCCCUUCUGGUUCGAGUUCGCCGCCGCCAAGCUCGGGACCCAAAAGGCCGGCGACCGCGACCCUUCCGCCUCGGGCUGCUCCCUGAGCCUCGAGUUCACCCGCCUCUCCCAGCUCACCGGCAACCCCAAGUACUACGACGCCACCGAGCGCGUUAAGGAGUUCCUCCGCGCCACCCAGCACGGGACCAAGGCGCCCGGCAUCUGGCCCGUCUUCCUCGACUACCGCAACCGCCGCGCCCAGGACACCCACUUCAGCAUCGGCGGCCAGGCCGACUCGCUCUACGAGUACCUCCCCAAGAUGCACGCCCUCCUGGGCGGCCUCGACCGCCAGUACGCCGCCAUGGCCGAGGAGGCCCUCGACGCCAUCGCCCAGCACCUGCUCUUCCGCCCCAUGGUCCCCGACGACGCCGACAUCCUCUUCCCGGGCAACGCCCGCUACAACCACAAGGACGCCACCCUCGACCUCGACCCGGAGAUGCAGCACCUCUCCUGCUUCGCCGGCGGCAUGUACGGCCUCGCCUCCCGCCUGCUCGGCCGCGCGGACUACAUGCCCCUCGCCGAGAAGCUGACCCGUGGCUGCGUCUGGGCCUACGCCGCCUUCCCGCUGGGCGUCAUGCCCGAGAUCAGCAGCCACGUCGCCUGCGCCGAGCUGAAGGAAGAACGAGAACCCGCCGACAAAGACAACAAAGACCUCCACGCGCCCUGUACAUGGGACGAGGACGUUUUCGCCGCCAAGGCCUCCCGCAGUGUUGACAGCAGCAGCAACAGCAACGGCAACGGCAACAGCAACGCCAAAGAGGCACUCCCGCCCGGGUUCCGCUCCGUCCGCGUCGCGAGCUACCUCCUCCGGCCCGAGGCCAUCGAGAGCGUCUUCUACAUGUGGCGCCUGACUGGCGACAAGGCCUGGCGCGAGGCCGCCUGGGCCAUGUUCCAGGCCAUUGUUGCCGCCACCGAGACGCCCCUCGCCUACUCGUCCAUCCGGAGCGUGGACCUGCCUGCCGGUGUCGAGACCGACAAGACCGAUUCGAUGGAGAGUUUCUGGUUUUCCGAGACGCUCAAGUACUUUUACCUUGUCUUUUCGAAUGAUACCCUGAUCAGCUUGGACGAGUGGGUGUUGAAUACGGAGGCACAUCCGCUGAAGCGUCCCUUGCGGACGUCUUGAGAUAUUUUAUUGUUUGCUUAAAAAAUGAAUAAGGAAAGAGUAUGACGAGAAAGCAAGAGAUGAAAGCACAAGAUGAAGAACAGCAAAUACCGGACACUGAAACUUGAGAUUUUGAUCAUUGGCCCCUGGUGGGUGGGAGUCAAUGCGGACAUAUACCAAGCCGUACCUAUAAUUUCACAUCGAAAAGCAACUCCAGUUGGUAUGAGAAGAAGAGGACAGAAGUAGAUUUCUAAAGCAAAGAGAAAGAAAGAGAGACAUGGUCAUGGUGGAAGAGUCGUAAGAAUUAUGUAGAAGUUAUGGAGGUCGGUCUUUGCAUCCGGUUCAUACCUUAAGACACCGGAAUACUUAUAAUUACCCCCGUGCAUUGAAUCCUCGCACAAAUAAUGC